CUUGCAACAGUUACAAUAGUCGAAUCAUGAGCUAAGUAUUAGUUUCUUCCUGAAAUAAGAGACUAAUUCUUAUGCUUUUUUAUGUUGGUUGCACAUCAAACUUAAUAAUAUAACAAUAUCAAGUUGCCUUUCAAUAUUGAGUACUCUACUUAUGCUGGAGGAAAUUUUGAUGUUAUGGUAAUUGAAAAUCAAAAGAAACUGCUGAUUUUAGAAAUAUAAAAAUAAAACAAUGCUGGGAAAAUCUGUCUGUCAGGCAGUAUUUGUGAGGGAAAAACAGCAUUAAUAUUUUAGGCUCAGUUGUUUGUUUAUAUUCCUGAUGGGUUUGCAGUACCAAUAAAUAUUUUGAAUUUUGCAUUGCACAAAAGAGGAGUUAAUAGUAAUCUCUUGUACCUUUAUUUUGUGGAUAGUACUUUGGAAGUAUUUUGUCUCUUCUAUAUCUGUUCCCUCAUCCAUACCAUACUCUUCACUCAGAACUAAGGGUGCACAUUCAGUCUUUUUAAGACCAAAAGUAUCUAUCCUUAAAACAAGCUGACAGCUUUGUGGACCAACUUCUGAAACUACCCUGAUGUGAAACUGGGAUUUUAGUCGAAGCCAUAGGAUGUCUUCCUUAAUGGAAUAGCUCCUACACUUUCCUACAUGUGUUUUUAUUUCAUUGGAAUUAUAUACUGUUAUUUUUUGCAACAUCUAUAUAGAAACAUAGAAAAACCUACAACACAAUACAAGCCCUUCGGCCCACAAGGCUGUGCCGAACAUGUACUUACUUCAGAAAUUAUCUUGGGUUACUCAUAGCCCUUUUUUUUUCUAAGCUCCAUGUACCUAUCCAGGAGUCUCUUAAAAGACCCUUUUGUAUCUGCCUCCACCAUCGCCAGCAGCCCAUUCCAUGCAAUCACCACUCUCCGCAUAAAAAAACUUACCCCUGACAUCUCCUCUGUGCCAACUUCCAAGCACCUUAAAAAUGUGCCCUCUCGUGUUAGCCAUUUCAGCCCCGGGAAAAAGCCUCUGACUAUACACAUGAUCAAUGCCUCUCAUCAUCUUAUACACCUCUAUCAGGCCACCUCUUAUCCUCCGUCGAUCCAAGGAGAAAAGGCCAAGUUCACACAACCUAUUCUCAUAAGGCAUGCUUGCCUAUCCAGGCAACAUCCUUGUAAAUCUCCUCUGAACCCUUGCUAUAGUUUCCACAUCUGACCAGAACUGAGCACAGUACUCCAAGUGGGGUCUGACCAGGGUCCUAUAUAGCUGCAACAUUACCUCUCGGCUCUUGAACUUGAUGAAGGCCAAUGAACUGUAUGCCUUCUUAACCACAGAGUCAACCUGCGCAGCAGCUUUGAGUGUCCUGUGGACUCGGACCCCAUGGUCCCUCUGAUCCUCUACACAGCCAAGAGUCUUAACAUUAAUGCUAUAUUCUGCCAUCAUAUUUGACCUACCAAAAUGAACUACCUCUCACUUAUCUGGGUUGAUCUCCAUCUGCCACUUCUUAGCCCAGUUUUGCAUCCUAUCAAAUGUCCCACUGUAACCUCUGACAGCCCUCCACACUAUCCACAACACCCCCAACCUUUGUGUCAUCGGCAAAUUUAUUAACCCAUCCCUCCACAUCCUCAUUCAGGGUCAUUUAUAAAAAUCACAAAGAGAAGAGCUCCCAGAACAGAUCCCCGAGGCACACCACUGGUCACCAACCUCCUUGCAGAAUAUGACCCGUCUACAGAGUUCUAGAUCUACAAAGCAAGGUCCCCUUGGAUCCCAUGCCUUCUUACUUUCUCAAUACAUCUUGCAUGGGGUACCUUAUCAAAUGCCUGGCUGAAAUCGAUAUACACUAUAUCUACUGCUCUGCCUUCAAUGUGUUUAGUCACAUCCUCAAAAUGACAAAGCCAUGCUAACUAUUCCUAAUCAUAUUAUGCCUCUCCAAAUGUUCAUAAAUCCUGCCUCUCAGGAUCUUCUCCAUCAACUUACCAACCACUGAAAUAAGGCUCACUGGUCUAUAAUUUCCUGGGCUAUCUCUACUCCCUUUCUUGAAUAAGGGAACAACAUCUGCAACCCUUCAAUCCUCCAGAACCUCUCCUGUCCCCAUUGAUAUGCAAAUAUCGUUGCCAGAGGAUCAGCAAUCUCCUCCCUCACUUUCCACGGUAGCCUGGGGUAUAUCUUGUCCGGUCCCUGUGAUUUAUCCAACUUGAUGCUUUCCAAUGAUUUUUGAUUUAGCAGGAAAUAUACAAAGUGAUUAAAUUUUUAAAGUAGGACUUAAAAGAACAAUUCAAAACCUGAGUAGUAUUUUGUUCAGGUCUGCCUUAGGUUAUGAAUACUUGAUAUGUGUAUAGGAGACAAAUAAGCAAGAUUUGUUGGGCUGCUGCAGGGCUGCAAGUGUUGCUUUUUGUGUGGAAAACCUGAUUUGCAGGAAUAGCAUUACAUCUUGCAGAAAAAUUUUUAAUGCUUACGUUAAACACCUUGGUUUAAUUACAUGUUGCCCUUGGCUGUCUGAUACUUAUAUUUAAAUAUAUUGCUGGAUGGUUAAACAAAUAUUUCAUUAUGAGUAGUUCUCAGAUAUGGAACCAUUUUGUAAUGUAAUCAAUUCAGAUUUCCACGUGAAGAAUUAAUGCAUAUGCAUUAAUUAGUAUAAGCUUUAUUUAUUUUGGAGGAUAUUUUGGGCGUUAUCUACUCACACAGAAUCGUGAUUUAACAGACAUUGUGAUCUCUCAGCCCUUGUCUCGACUAUGAAAGCUCAGGUUUAUAAUUUAUAAAAAUAUGUAAUUGAAGAAAAACUGGCACAAUUUUAUCAAACUAACAAUUGUCCUCAGCGUCACACUACAACUUGUUUCGAUAAAUUUUUUUGACAGCCAACAUUUUCUCCCAUUCAUUUCUAGGAAUCUUCUUGUCUUGCAUAUAAAAAUUAAGGUUAUAUGCAGGCCCAGAGGUUGACAUAUGGAGUUGUGGUGUGAUUCUUUAUGCCUUGCUGUGUGGGACACUGCCUUUUGAUGAUGAGCAUGUACCGACCCUGUUUAAGAAGAUCCGUGGAGGAGUAUUUUACAUGCCUGACUAUCUCAACCGCUCAGUAGCUAGUCUUCUUAUGCAUAUGCUGCAGGUUGACCCACUGAAGCGGGCAACCAUCAAAGACAUCAGGGAACACGACUGGUUUAAACGGGAUUUGCCAACUUACCUGUUCCCAGAAGAUCCUGCAUAUGAUUCCAACGUCAUAGAAGAAGACGCAGUUAAGGAAGUGUGCGAGAAAUUUGAAUGUACUGAGUCUGAAGUUAUGAACAGUUUAUACAGUGGUGAUCCACAGGAUCAGCUUGCUGUGGCUUACCAUCUCAUUAUUGAUAAUCGGAGAAUUAUGAAUCAAGCAAGUGAGUUUUACCUUGCAUCCAGUCCUCCAACAGGUUCAUUCAUGGAUGAUAAUGGACUGCAUAUCCCACCUGGUGUCAAAGCGCACCCUGAGCGCAUGCCUCCUCUGAUGGCAGAUAGCCCUAAGGCACGCUGUCCACUCGAUGCACUCAACACUACCAAACCCAAACCAAUGGCACUGAAAAAAGCAAAAUGGCACUUGGGAAUUCGCAGCCAAAGUAAACCGUAUGAUAUAAUGGCAGAAGUCUACAGAGCCAUGCGACAGCUAGAUUACGAGUGGAAGGUGGUGAAUCCCUAUCAUCUAAGAGUACGUAGAAGGAAUCCUAUAACUGGGAACAAUGUGAAGAUGAGUUUACAACUCUAUCAAGUUGAUAAUCGCAGCUAUUUGCUAGAUUUCAUGAGUAUUGAUGAUGAUGUUAUGGAGCAAAGAUCAGGCUCUUCCACUCCGAAGCGUUCAGGAUCAGCGGCUCUGCUACAUAGACCAAGGCUGAGUAUUGAUGCAGCAGCUACUGACGGCCAGCCUUUAACUCCUGUUGGGUCACUCCCCAGCUCACUGACUGGGUGCUUGACCUCUAUAACUCCACGAUAUGGAAGCCACACAAUGGAUUUCUUUGAGAUGUGUGCUAGCCUUAUUACUACACUGGCUCGUUGAAAAACGUGCUUUCAAUUUGAUGACAAAUCAGCUCUUUAACCCGUAAAGGUGUGAAAGAAAAUGCCUUUUCUACUUUGCAAAACUCUUGAGUAAUUGUUAUUUAUAGUUCUGGUUUGCAGCUGGUGCUUUUGCUACCUUGAUAUGGUGGAAGCUCAGAGCAAUAUUUGCUCAUUGCCAUCUAGAAACUCUACAGGCAUAGAGUGGCGUUUAAGUUGAAUUUCUUUUUGCCAGCCAAAUCCAUAGGAUUAUACGGGUUUAUCAACAACUGUAAAAGUGUAGAAAAGCAUCAAAUUUCAUUUUUAAAGUGAUGUACUUUAGAAUGUUAAAAGUUGGUGGUAAUGUAAAAGAACAGAUGAGAUGUAUUUAAUGAUUUGUUGUAGCGCCAGGAUUGUUCACAUGAUGUGUUGGUGGACAGAAUGAGUGCAUUUACUCAUAAACCAAGUUGUGAGCAGUUGAGAUGUGAAUUUCUAUUCAGGAUAGUGUGGCUUGAAAGCUAUAAAAACAAAUUGGAUCAUAAAAUUAGGUAACUGAAGUGUGAGCUGGCUGUUGUGUACAAUUAUAAAGGUUUAGUGUCAUUUUAUUGCUGAGAAGGAUUAAGUUUACUUGAAUAGAAAUGUAAACAACAGAAAUUAUUCCAUGUAUCAAAUAGUGUGUGAUCUUUGGGUUAAAGUGUGAACACUCCUUUGAAAGUAUCUUCUUGUGUGAGGAUUUCUCUUAAGCACACCUUUUAACUGAUUAAGUCAGCAGCAUGCACAGCUAGAUGUAGUUGAUCAUUUGCUGAUUUACUUAUAACAUUUACUGUAUCUUUAUGGUACGACUGGGAUUACGUUCAAAAUGAUCACAAAUGGCCUGUUGCGCUAAACAAAGAUCUCCAAUCAGUUCCCAUUAGUGGCAAUUAUGAUUAACAUUUUGUUUUUGUUAGAUCUCACUAUCGGCUUGGUAAGAUCUAGAAAAUGUUCAUUUUCAAAUUAACGUCAAACAACUUUAAGGCAAAACUGCAGGUAUUGGAAUUUGGAACAUCAGAGCAUUGUAAGAAUUUAGUAGGUCAAAUAGGUGUAAGUGAACAUUUCGAGUAAUCACCCUCUCCCCAUCUGAUACCAGCCUCUUCCCACUAGCCCACCCCCACAUACUCCUAUAUACUGGCAAUCUCUCGCCUUCUCUCUCAGGUCUGAUGCAGGGUUUCGACCCGAAAUGUCAACUUACAUCUUUUGCUUCCAUAUAUUGCUUACCUACUGAGUUCUUCCAGUGUUCACUUGAAACAAGUUUAAGAUUAAUUUUCUAAUGCAAGACAGGAUAACUUAAACCAAUAAUGCCCCAAAAAUUGGCUUCCCUUUGAUUGGAUAGUUUUCUUGCUGUAGAUUUAUUUUUCAGUUAUUUUCAGCUUAUUUCUUUCACUGUCACAGGCUUAGUGACUCUACCUAAUGGCAUUGCCAUUAAUUUGAAUUUUAAGUCAAAAAUUGAGUCUUGAUGGUGAGAUUACCUCUAAUGUAUUCAGUGCAAGUAUUUGUAAUAGGCAGUUAUUUAUUUUCCAAGAAUAUACAGUAUUCUGGGCCUAAAAAUGCAAGCAUUUGCAUACGAGCAUUAAGUUGAGAUUUUAGCCAAGAUUCUACUGGGUGAAUUCUAGCUUCUGCCUUUAAUCUUGUGCAGGUUGGUACUGGGGGCAUAAUGUAUGAAAAUUUUUUAUAGUGGGCACGUAUUAUGGUUCACAAAGUCAAACGGUACAAGCCAAGUAAGAUGGAGCGGGAACACAAUAGCACUUUCAGAUAAAAGAUUUGUUAGCUCCUACCUGUCUUUUGUUUUACCAAUUAGGCAAUAUUUUGGAAGAAAGAAGGUCCUUCUGUUGUUCUUGAAGAAUGUGCAAAAUGUGCCCCCACCCUCCCAGUAAAUGGAGCUCUCUGCUGCUGUUUUCUGUUGCAAAGACUACACCCUCCUCAUUAGCAGAUACCUUGUGAUGGCAAGGAGCAAUGACACUGGCAUAGUAAUAUUAUGGUUGAUAUUUUAUGUAAAGUACAAACCUUCAUCUGAUAUUAAGCUAGUUAAUCACAAACUUGUAAGGCCAUCACAUUUAUUUUAUAGCUAAUCUGAUGAAAGAUUUUGUAUUACCUAAACUAUUUUCUCUAUUUGAAUAUCAAAUUUCAGAGCCAAAGAUGUUCCAUAAAUUUCCUAGGUAUUAAUAAAAACAGUGGAAUUUAAAUGGACUAGUUUGAUUGUGAAGGUGAACUAUGUGAAGUCCAGCGUUUCUUCUUGUCUUGUAGUAGUGUUACUAGGAUUUCUGCACAGCACCAAACUGCAUGUUGAAAGAACCAGAAAUUAUUGAUAUAUUAUGCCAAUUUUACAUUAAUUAAUUUGUGAAUGCAAUGACAAUACUUAGGAACAAGACUGCAGAUGCUGGCUUCUAGAGGAAAACAAACAAGGCUGAAAGAACUUUACAGGUCAAGCAACAUUGAGACAGGAAAAGAGAUGAAUUUCAGUUAAAGACCCUCCAUCUGGUCUAGAUCUAGAAAGAAACUGGGAGUCCAAGGCCUCGCUGAUGGGGAAUGGAAGCAUAUAGGGGCUAGAUGUCCAUGGUGAAGGUGAGCCAUUUGGGACCAGGGGAUCGAAAAUUGUUUUAAGACAAGGUGUCUGUAAUAUAAGUGGGAAGGGACUAGACAAAGGGAGAUUGGAUAAUACUGAGGAAUGAAUGAAUGUUCAGUGAAGGCAAGAGAAGGUAUAAAUAGUGGGCUUGCUGGUGCAGUCUUGUUUGCGAAUCUUGGGUAGGAGAUAGUAAUGGCACUAUGUGGUUGGAGAACUAUUCGGGUUCGAGGCUAUGGAGGGGAGAUCCGAAGUGAUGAGAUUUGUGAUGGUAUGGCCUGACUAUUAUUUGUAGGGGUCAUGGGCAAGUAGUAGGAAUGGGGUGGUGUCUGAGAGCUGCUGAUUAGCCCCUGCAAGUAGUGGUCAGUCUUCCAAGCGAUGUUACCGCGCUUUUCUGUGUGAUGGGAUUGAUUCAAGAUGGCUUAGUGUCAGUUCCAGUAUACAAGUGUAAAGGAAAAUGAAAUAAUUGUUCCUUCGUAUUUGAAGUGGCACAAAAGAACACAAUAAGAUGAGGAAAACAAUACUAAUGAAAAAACAGGAUAAAUUGAAAUACAAAAGAUAGCUUAUAUACAUUGAGUGUAUGUUCAUAAAGUGACACUAAGGCACAGAAGUGUCUGUACAUAAGGUGACUGACAGGAAAUGAUAAAGUUGUGGUCGUUGGGGGUGUAGAGUAAUGCAAGUACAGGUGUACAUAGUCCAGCUCUCUUCAGCCUCCUCAGAAAGUAGAGGCAUGGGUGAGCUUUCCUUAUUGUGUGUGAUCUGUUCUGGGACCAUGAGAGGUUGUGCGAGAUUUGCACUCCCAAGAGUUUGAAACUACUGGUAAUUUUCGCCGGUGUAAAGAGCAAUGCAAGUGCUGGUGAGUUCUCCUUUUGUUGACAUUGAGGAAGAGGUUAUUGCCUGGCACCAGGUCUCGAUCUCUUCCACCUCCUCUCUGUAGGCUGUUUCAUUGUUGUCUGUGGUGAAUUCCACCACUAUUGUGUCAUUGGUGAACUUGACAAUGUGAUUACUUGAGUGUUUGGCCGUGUAAUUAUGUGUGAGCAGUGUACAGUAAUGAGCUCAGCACACAGCUCUGGGGACACCCAUGUGGAAGAUGUUGGGGAGGGAGGAGCGGCUGUGCAUCUUGAUGAUCUGAGGUUUAUUGGUUAGGAAGUCCCAACACCCAGUAGCACAGAGGUGUAUUUAGACCGAGGGGUAGGGGUUUGUUCACCAAGGUCUGUGGGACAAUAGUGUUUAAUGCCAAACUGCAAUCCAGAAACAGCAUUCUGACAAGUGUCCUUAUUCUCUAGGUGUGUCAGGGUUAGGUGCUAUGGCGUCUGUGGUAGAGCAGUUCUGUCGGUAAGCAUAUUGGUGAGUACCCAAUGUGGCAGGAAUAGAAUCAGCACAAAGUAAGCGAGAUGGGACUGGCCAGAAGAGAGUGGAGAAGUCAAGGUGGUGGUUGCAGUAUUGACAGUUGGGAUUAAAAUUGUCAAGAGAGAAUAAAGGGCCAGAAAGUAGUGUCCAAGAGGAGGUGGUGUUAGAAUUGGGAGAAAGGGUCAGCAUUGUGGAG